GAACCGUUAAGUUGCAUACGCGCGUUCCCUUGAACAAUUCGAUUAAAGUGUUGGAAUGAAAAAUGGCCGAAGGGAAGUUACUGUAUUGUAUAAAUCAUACUGAAUUGGAGCAUUCGCAUGUGUAUUUAGAGCAACCAACAGUUCUCAAAUUUGUACAAACAGAUGGGAAUGAAAUGAAAACGGGGAAGUCCCUAGAAUAUUUCAAAGCCCCAGAACUGGCUGCGUAUCCCUUACUUUUAAAUAUUGGCCAUUAUAAUGAAAAAUCUGUAGAAUCAAAAUUAAAAUGCACGGAAAUGAUGGAAAGGUUCGUGAUAGAAAAAGGCUUCUACAACACUACAAGCACAGAUCGAUACAAAGUUAUCACCAGACGCCAUGUCCUAGGGACUAUUUUAACUGCACCAUACUUUUAUUAUGAUAAAUCUAUAAUUGUUAUAAAGCACAAAAAUCUUAUUUUUAUAUUAAUGGAAGACGAUAGUACCAAUACAAAUGAACUUCGUAAAAUGCACUACAAAUUCGAAAAGUAUUGUGAAACCGAUUAUCCUACUGUGGAGCCGUGCGCUGACGACAAUGAAGAGCGAUUCUUUAUUUAUGGAGCGAAAUUAGGAAAAUUCGAUCUAUUUUAUUCCGGAAAAGCAAGUAUGGUGAAGAGUGAUGAGCGCAUUGAAGAUUUAACCGAUAUGGGCGCAAUAAAUAAUUGUCAAUUCAUUUUAACAAAGCUGAUGUUGGAAGGGAAAAAGCUUUAUUGGUGGAAGACCGGUGCAGUUCUUAAGUGGUGGAGCCAAGCUCAUUUCUCAAAUGUAAAUAAUAUUUUCGUUGGAUUUAAAGAUGAUCAAGGAGUGGUAAAUAAACCAGCCAUUCUCACGACAGUGGCUGAUUUAAUAAAGUUUCAAUAUAAACGCACCAGGGUGUGCGAGGGAUUUUUGCAUACAUUUUUGAAUUUGGUUUUGGAGACAAUGUCCGAUGUUGAUGACCCGGGUACGAUGUACAAAUAUCAAUUUGACACGGAGGGAAAUAUCAGAUAUUCUGUUCAUAACGUUGAUGAAGAACUUCCCAUUUUCAGCGAUGAUUUUUUAACAUAUAUGAAAAGGCAUUAAAGCUGGAUUACAUUUUAUCGUACUUUACUUGUCAGCGAAGCAGCGCAAUAUUCAACAUGUAAUGCAAAUGUAUAUUUUGCACAUAUUCCUCGAAAGCGAAACAACACAUUUUUUUUAGUUCGGCAAAAAACCUAAAUGAAAUAUUUCAACACAGUGCCCCGUUAUAUAACACGAGAAGAAAUAUAAGUACCUAAUUACUUUCUCAAAAGUUUG